CUGUUCUAAAGAAGAAUGUGAAGCUUAUCAAGAUAUUUUUAAUACCUUGGAUAAAUUAGCUCUGAAGUGUGAUGAUAAUGAUUGUGAUUCUUUAAGUCUAGAAGUCAUAGACAUUUCAUCUAAGUGGGCAAGCAAAUUCAAAUACACCACAGUUAAUUUUGUUAAAAGUGUGUUUUCUAAGAAAUUGGAGUUGGAAGUAGCUGUGGUAGAAGAGUGUAAGAAAGCUAUUCAAGAACAAAACAACACUGUACUUAAAUGGAUUAUCUCUGAAAGUUCCGUAGCCUCCUUGGGUCAAUGGGUAGAAAAUUUAAAAAAUGAUAUUUGGAAAUUGAAUAAAGAUUGGAAUAAAAAUCAAUCUGAGAGAAACUUUUUGACGCAAGUUAUAGAACCGCUUCUUUCUGUAACAUUGGAUGAUCUUCCAGUGGAUAUUACAUAUGGAUUAAAGUAA